CACACUAUGGAGGGAUUGCCGAAGCUGCCGGGUAACGAUUUUGCAAACCGUUUACGUCAAAAGCAUCAUGUACCGCAGAGCUUCAAGUACGUCAAUGGUUACCCAAUUCCGGUCCGGCCCGAGUGUGGUCUCGGUGGUGAGCGGCUGAAUGAGGAUUCCAUUCAAUUCUGUCCCGAAUCAAAUGCCGGUGGCAACAAUACGGUCCUGUACGAUCCAAUUCUUACGUACGGCCGAGUGCGCCAUCUUCCGGUUAAACCCUACCGGCCACACUUUGUGCUGUACGAUCAGAAAACGCUCAAGUUCAAUGCCUUCUUUCGCCAAUCGGUCCCAGAGUCAGCAACCGAAACGUUCCGCAUCCGGUAUGUGCACAUACUGUACUUCCUCGAGGAUGACACGAUGACGGUGCUGGAACCGACUAUCGAAAACUGUGGCUAUCCACAGGGUCGAUUAGUACGCCGGGGAAAGAAGUUGAAAAAUGCGGAUCGGGAAGAGUUUUACAACUGGAAGGACCUAAACAUCGGUAUCGAUAUAGAAAUGCAUGGAUACGUUUUUCACAUCACCGAUUGUGAUGCUUACACGAAAGAGUUUCUUUUGAGCAAUGGAAUAGAGUUGAACGAGAUCGAACUGCUGCCACCGGAUCCGGCGAUGAACGAACGUUCGAUCAGUCAGCGACAAUCGUUCCGGCAUCACAAAAUGUACCCCGUGCCAGAUGAUAAGCUACGCAAGUAUCUCGAAUAUCAGGGGAAAGUUUUGCACUUCGAUUGCGUAUUGGAUGAGCGAGACCGCGAAGGUGGCGAAUUGAUGACGUACAAACUGUUCUACUAUCUUGAAGAUGAUACAGUUUCGAUAAAAGAGCUUAAGGAGAAUCAAGAGGGACGAGAUUACUUCCCGAUGCUACUCCGGAAGCAAAAGCUGCCCAAGAACUGGAAAGAAAAUCCAGUUUCUCAUCCUUCCAUUUUCCUGGAGAAAAGCGAUGCCGAAGUGUCGGAAUACUAUUCCCCCAAGGAUCUGAUCGUCGGUACAACCAUCUUUGUCUAUGGACGAAAGUUUCUUCUACUAGACUGUGACGGGUUCACGCGUUGCUACUACGAAAAAGCACUCAAACUCAUCCAACCGGAUCGGGUACGGUUGGACAGCACGCCCAAACGUGCCCCACGGUUGGAGGUACCUAGCUAUCUCGGUCUCGGUACACCCGAAGACUCUAUUGCCUCGUACCACAGUCUUGUACCGAAGAGUCCCAAAAAGGAUGUCAUAACGUACUUGGUAAAUGUAAACAAAUUCCUACGUUACGGGUGCGUUCUCGAUACCGCCCAUCCGGAGGACAAAAUACGCAAAUUUGUACUGAGCCUGUCGCUUGCCGACGGUACAAUUACCAUCAUGGAAUCGUCGAUUGACAAUUCUGGCAUACGGGGAGGACGUUUUCUGUCGCCACGCAAAGUAUGGCUGCCCGGAUGCAAUCCUGACGAGCCAGAGUACUAUACAGCGAAGGACUUUUAUAUCGGGGCGAUCGUGGUGGUGUUUGCGCAUCGGUUUAAAAUUGUCAGUGCUGAUUUGUACGUGUACCGGUACAUGCAAGCACAUCCGGAAAUAUUUUCCUCUAUGGCAAUCGACAGUGUGCGCAAUUAUUUGUUGUCUGAAGGACAUCUUAAAGACGAUCUUCGUCAAGCAACCGAGGAAGAGUUAAAAAAGCUGGAGGCUGUCACUGCCCAAAGUGAUGCAGCUAACCAGGAUGAAGUACAGAAGCGACUGGCCGGAUUUGAAAUAGGUGACCCGAACGCUCCCACAUCAUUGCCGGUAGCGUCAUCACCACGUGGUUCCCCCAUUCCGCACGCUGCCAAUGCUCAAGUUCCAUCAACAGGCGAUUCGCCCGGACAUCCUUGUCCACAUCCCAUCAUUCCCGACGAAGAACUACGAAAAGCAUACCACACGAACGAACCGGAAGAACUAGCUAUCCAGGCGUACCGCGUUCCGGAAGAUCCACCAUUCGCACCACAAGGUUCCCCGACACACGGAUCGAAAAAGGGUACCAAAACGGUGCGCUUUCAAGAUGACUUUUGAU